CAUUCAGGGUGUGGUGGAAUAAUCAGUUUUGCUUAGGAGGUUCCUGCCUGAGUGACAUCACCCAGAAGCAUCUAUGUGACAACAUUGUAAAGUCAAAAUUUCUAAAUACUGAGGAAACUUUCCUCAUUACUUCCUUUAUUACCUCCUUUCAGCAUAUAAUUCCUGGUAUAGUUGGAUGGGUUUGUAAAAAAUAGGCUCCUUCUUCACAUAUUUCCCUUUUCCCAUGAAAUUUUCUAUCACGAUUAUAGUAAAUUUCAUGCAGUCUUAAUCUUCUUUAACAGGAAAUGGUGCGGUGAAACGAAUUUUAUUAAUGAGGAUGUCCAGUAAACUGUGCCAGUGAGUCAGCUUACAAUGUACCUCUGUACAGUCUAAUGGAACAGAUCUAAAAGAAAUGCAGUUAUUAUACACAUUAAAAUCAGUUUGUCCCUAGCAUAUUUAAAUUAAUCAAACCUUGAUCUAAAUUGUUCUUUUCUGUGUGACCGGUCCUGCCGAGUUUGUUAGUAGAUUUGAAUGACUGAUCUGGCAGACUACAUUUUGUAGUGAAGUGAAAUAGCGAGGAAGAGGUCAAAUAUGGGUGGUUCCACUCUGCGUAAGUCUCCAUUAUGACCACUGGAGGUCUCCCUCCAAAUAAACAAAGAAGAGUUGUGUUUGCAUUUGCUGUUUCAGUGUUAAAGCAUCUACACAACGCUGAACGUGCUUCAUUUUUUUUCUUCUUCUCAUCGAGGCACCACCUAAAUUCGACACCGCUCCUGUUUGGCCAAGCGCGCUCUGACGCCCUGCGAAUUUACUUCAGUUCGUCCGGCCACAGUCUCUGGGCUACUUUCUAUGCAAGACUGCUGGAGGAUUUUAGGGGUUGAUCAGGCGUCGGAGCAAAAUAGGUUAAACUUAAAUGACCUCCGAUCACGAAAUGAUCAGACAGCGUGUGAAAGCGCUUCUGGACAAACCUGGGAAUGGGAACUGUGCCGACUGUGGAGCUGCAGGCCCAGAGUGGGCAUCGUACACCCUUGGCGUGUUUGUGUGUCACAGCUGCUCAGGCCUCCAUCGAAACAUUGCUCAGAUCAGCAAGGUCAAAUCUCUUAUUCUGGAUCCCUGGACCCCUUCUGAGUUGGAGUUUAUGGACUCUGUUGGUAACAAUGCUGCCAAAGCCAUAUAUGAACAGCUAGUUCCUGCCUUUUACUACUGCCCCACCUUCAAGGAUUGCACGGUCCUGCGGGAUCAGUGGAUCCGAGCCAAGUACGAGAGGAAGGAGUUUUUGUGCGUGGAAAAGCAGGAACCCUACUCGGCAGGCUACAGAGAAGGGUUUCUGUGGAAACGUGGCAGAGACAAUGGACAAUACCUAAGCCGAAAAUUUAUUCUGUCCGAGCGAGAGGGCGUGCUUAAAUACUUUAACAAGCAUGACGCCAAAGAGCCUAAAGCGAUUAUGAAGAUCAAUACUUUGAAUGCCACUUUCCAGCCAUCCAAAAUGGGCACUGCCCAUGGCCUGCAGAUAACCUACUUAAAGGACAACAGCACUAGGAAUGUCUUUGUUUACCACGAGGAUGGAAAGGAAAUAGUGGACUGGUUCAAUGGCAUCAGAGCAGCUCGAUUGCGCUACCUGCAGGUGGCUUUUCCUCUAGCUCUAAACUCUGAGCUGCUGCCAAAGGUAACCAGAAACUACCUAAAAGAGGGCUACAUGGAGAAGACUGGUCCAAAGCACACAGAGGGCUUCAAGAAGAGGUGGUUUACGAUGGAUGACAGGAGGCUCUUGUAUUUCAAGGAUCCACUGGAUGCCUAUGCACGUGGUGAGGUCUUCAUCGGUAGUCAGGAAAAUGGCUACAUUGUGCUUCCCAACCUCCCUUCCACUAUCCAGGGUUACCAUUGGCCAUUUGGAAUAACAAUAGUGACCCCAGAUAGGAAGUUCCUCUUUGCAUGUGAGACCGAAGUGGAGCAGAAAGAAUGGAUCACUGCUUUCCUUACAGUUAUUAACAGACCAAUGCUGCCUCAGGAGUAUGCAGUGGAGGCAUAUUUUAAGCACAAACCGUGAUGAGGACGAAGAACUUGGUGCAGGGUGAGGAAUAUAGAAACUGCCGCUGGAAGAA